AUGCAUCAAAUCUAUAGUAUGAUCCAUAUUCAUAAAAGUUCUAGGUAGUGAAGAAAUAAUAUUAUUUAACCUUUGAUUCUUGGAUCUCUCAUUAGGGUUAAUUGAUAUUGACUUAAACCUUAUCUACUAUAGAUACUGGCAUUUUAUUCACUAAUUCUGAGUCAAAAAGCUUCAUCUACAAUGCCUAGUUGAUAACAAACGCAACAACUAAUCAAUUUUGGUCUACUUUAUUAGUUAAGAAUUCAUAUCUUAAUUUAUUUAUUCGACUUGAUUCGAUGUCAUUUGAUACUUAGAUUGUUUAUUCAAAAUUAGGUGAAAUACUACUAGCCUAAGUUGGAUUAAUAAUGAGUAUAUUAAUGGUUUUGAGUUUUACUUCUUGGAUUACAUAGACUUGA